AUGGGUCGCAGCGCCAAGAGUACCAACAAGACUAGCCGGGGCAAGGUGACGCCAUACCGGAUCUUCUUCGACCAGGAGCUCAAGCGUCUCAAGGAGGAGAACCCGAGCCUCUCGCACAGGGAUGCCUUCAAGCAGGCCGGCCUCAACUGGAGGACCAGCCCACAGAACCCCAAGGUCAACCCUGCUGCUGCUGCUACCUGGGAAAAGACCAAGACCGAAAGCCGCUCCUGCUGCUACCACUGCUCCAGCUGCUACCGAAACAAGGCGACUGCUGACAAGGCAGCUACCUCCAAGCCUGCUUCGGCACCCAAGGAACCCAAGGAACCCAAGGAACCCAAGGAUGCUGGACUGACCUCGAUGGCGGCCCACGCGGUCACGGGGGCGGUUGCGGCCAAGUGA